UUAAAAGCUCGUCUCGCCACGUUGCUGUAAAUCCCCGGGCAAGACGAAAAGGAUCCCCUUCCCCUCCUCAUCGUCAGCAAAACUAAUGUCAAUUUUAAAAAGCUGACCCAAAUUUUCCCCAACAACCCAAGCGGACCUUUCUCCCUCAAUAUCCAACUCCAAACCCUAAUGGCUACCAAAUUUUAGGGCAAAUUUUCAAUUCUCUCCCUAUCCCGAAUCGCAAUCCAAGCCCAAUUCACCCUUUCUUUCCUUCCCAUGUCUCGAUUCUGCCAUUGUUGUCUUCUAUCGUUAUUCUUCUGUGUUUUAGGGUUAGGGUUUGGCGUUGAUUUUGGUCAAGCUUUCAAAGUUCCCUUUAGGGUUAAAGAUGUCCUCCCGGUGCUUCCGCGCCAGAUAUCUUGGCCGGUGUUGAACAAUCUUCACACCCCCGUUGACUUGUUGCCCGCUUUCGUUGGAUCGGUUACCCCAAACAAUGGGUCAGUUGAGUGGAAAGGAGCUUGCUUUUACGGCAACGAGGCUCGUCUCGAGUUCACCAAAACCGAUCGCAACGAUUCGAGAUUGGGCGGUGGAGUUCUUUAUCUCACGACAUCUGAAGCACACAGCUGGACCUGUAUGGAUCUUUAUGUUUUUGCAACACCUUACAGGAUUACUUGGGAUUUCUACUUUUCAGCUCGAGAGCACACAUUGACAUUUGAUUCUUGGGAAGAACCUGCAGAGUUGGAAUAUAUAAAGCAGCACGGAAUCUCUGUAUUUCUAAUGCCAUCAGGAAUGCUUGGCACAUUGCUUUCUUUAGUAGAUGUAUUACCUCUGUUUUCUAAUACUGCUUGGGGUCAGAAUGCCAACCUUGCUUUUUUGAAAACGCACAUGGGUGCUUCGUUUGAAAAACGUCCUAAGCCAUGGCGUGCAGCAAUAAAUCCAGAAGAUGUGCAUUCUGGUGACUUUUUGGCAGUGUCAAAGAUCCGUGGUAGGUGGGGGGGAUUUGAGACACUAGAAAAAUGGGUGACUGGGGCGUUUGCUGGUCAUACUGCGGUCUGCUUGAAGGAUGAAAUGGGUAAUCUAUGGGUGGCUGAAUCAGGACAUGAAAAUGAAAAGGGUGAAGAAAUUAUAGUGGUUAUUCCAUGGGACGAAUGGUGGGAGCUGUCACUGAAAGACAGUUCUAAUCCGCAGAUAGCCUUGCUUCCUUUACAUCCAGAUGUGCGUGAAGAUUUCAACUCCACUGCAGCAUGGGAGUAUGCUCGGAGCAUGUCAGGCAAGCCAUAUGGUUAUCACAACAUGAUAUUUAGUUGGAUAGACACUGUAGCUGACAACUAUCCACCACCUCUUGAUGCUCACUUGGUCAUUUCUGUCAUGUCUAUGUGGACUAGGGUGCAGCCAGCAUAUGCUGCAAAUAUGUGGAAUGAAGCACUAAAUAAGCGGUUAGGGACUGAGGAUUUGGAUUUGUACGGCAUUUUAGAUGAGACUGAAAGGCGUGGCAUAGCCUUUGAUCAAUUACUCACCAUUCCAGAACAAGAUGAGUGGGUAUACAGUGAUGGGAAAUCAACAACAUGCGUUGCCUUUAUCCUUGAGAUGUAUAAAGAGGCUGGGGUCUUUGGUCCUAUUGCUAACUCUAUUCAAGUAACUGAAUUCACUAUUCGUGAUGCCUACAUGCUUAAGAUUUUUGAGAACAACCAGACACGCCUGCCGAGUUGGUGCAACUACAAGGAUGGCGGGUUUCCAUUCUGUCAGAUUCUUGGUGAGUAUUGGAUGGAAUUGCCACAUUAUAACACCUUAGAGCCAUAUGCCAAUAUGAAUGAGAAUUGCCCGUCCUUACCUCCAAUUUAUGAUAGGCCCACUAGAUGUUAGGUUUGAUAUCUCUCUGUUUGUUGCCUAGUGCUCCGUCGUUUAUUAAAUGCGAAGAUGCCUUGAUGGAAAAUUUACACAACUGUACAAGGACUAUAUAUAUAUCCUAUAUAAUCAAUGUCUGUAAAUAUUGUAUUCUAUUUUAGUAUAAUCUAGUUCAAUAAAAGUUUUCAUUCGUGAUUACUGA